AUGUGUUACGGUCAUCCACACCACCAUUUGUGUAGCCACCAGUCGGUCAAGUGGCAUUACUGUCCACGAGCAAAGAUCGACGUCACUACGGGACACGCGACCAUAUGUGACAAGACCACAUAUGCCAUCUCACAGCCGUCCAAGGCAGCAUGUCCGCUCAAGAACUGUCACUUCAAGGAGCUUGGCGGCGUCUGGGACUGCUGCCAGUGCAAGCAGGGACCCAACACGUUGGGCUGGUGCACAUUUCCAAAGUGGCCAGGCUAUCAAGAUUGGGUCGAGACGUGUGAUCAUGGGUGCUGCAAGCACUGCACGCGGAGUGAAAGCGCAGGCCCCAUGCCGAUCGACGACUCCAAGAAGAAAACAUCAAAAAAUUCCGGCAGCUCAUCCGGCGGCGCAUCCUCCUCGGCGGCGGGCGGAGAUGUAUACGGCAACUAUUAUGAACAGCAGAGCUAA